GGUCCAAGUUGACAACUGGUACUACUAACUAACCACCAAACUGCCAAUUACCAAAAAAAAAAAAAAGAAAGAGAAAAAGGUCACCUUCAACAUGCCUCAUUCGUUCACUUUUUGCACUUUACCUUUACAGUACUUCCUACCCAAUCCAAUCACCUUUCUCUUCUCCACAACGCCAAAUUAAUUUUCCCUCAAUUUCUAACCUUCAAUAACCCAAGGCUUGUUAAUUUGCUCCGCCAUCCAUUUAAGCAUCGUACACACUAACAAAAAAGAUCUCCCUGUUUGAAAUGGACUUUUUACGCUGCCUAAGGGACUGAAAUGGAUGUGCAAAAGCAUCUCUGUUUUUAGCAACAGGAUGAAGAUGAGGAAAUCGUUGCGGAAAAUAAUUGUUUUUCUGUUAUUCAGAAUUGACUGGAAGAAAAUGUUUUUCGUUGGUGCUAUUUUGACAGUAUUUAGGGUAAUGUUUCAAAUUUCUUCACUUCCUUAUCCUCUUACUGAAUGGAUCCUCUUCCCAUCAUCGGAGAUUUCAUCUUCCCAAAGUUUGAAUCAUGAAAAGAACUUAAGGGAACUUCCAGUGAGUCGAGAUUACCGGUUUAGCAUUAGUCAGCAUGCCCCUGUAGUUGUUUCACUCAACUCUACAGACGGACUGAGUCAAAGACUGCAAGUUCUGGAAAGACGAGAGCAAGUUUCGACACAGCAGAAACAUAGGAAGCAUGUGAAUGCAGUAGAUAAAGUUAUUUCCGCUUCUUCACCUGUUAGAAACGUGUCCAACCAUAUGCUGAGAUACAUAGCAUCUUUGACUCCAGACGAGGCACUUGCAUAUGCCAAAAGAGAGAUCGAGAAUGCCCCACUAGUUACCGAUGUUCAGGACUUGUAUACUCCUCUAUUCAGGAAUGUAUCUAUCUUUAAAAGGAGCUACGAGUUGAUGGAGCUUAUACUCAAAGUUUACAUCUACAAAGAAGGGAAAAGGCCGAUUUUUCAUCAACCUUAUCUUAGAGGAAUUUAUUCAUCUGAGGGAUGGUUCAUGAAGCUGAUGGAGGACAGUCACCAGUUCGUGACAAGGGAUCCACAAAAGGCUCACCUGUUCUAUCUGCCAUAUAGUGCACGUCAGUUGCAAAGGGCACGAUAUGUGCCUAAUUCACAUAAUCUUAAGCCGUUAUCAGUGUUCCUACGGAACUAUGUGAACAUGCUAGCUGCAAAGUAUUCUUUCUGGAACCGCACACGUGGGUCAGAUCAUUUUCUUGUUGCUUGCCAUGAUUGGGGACCUUACACUCUAAAGGACCAUGAGGAGCUAAGUAGAAACACUAUAAAAGCUCUCUGCAAUGCAGAUAUAUCUGAAGGAAUAUUUGUCUCUGGGAAGGACGUUUCCCUUCCUGAGACCACUAUAAGUAAUCCCAGGAGGCCUCUUAGAAACCUCGGUGGAAAAAGAGUGUCACAACGCCCGAUUCUUGCCUUUUUUGCUGGAAAUAUGCAUGGUCCGGUACGUCCGAAACUCCUCAAGCAUUGGAGAAACAAAGAUGAAUCCAUAAGAAUUUAUGGGCCUUUACCCCAUAGAGUCUCAAAAGUCAUGUCUUAUUCCGAACACAUGAAAUCAAGCAAGUACUGCCUUUGUCCAAUGGGUUAUGAAGUGAACAGCCCGAGGAUUGUUGAGGCAAUAUAUUAUGAGUGUGUGCCUGUUAUCAUCGCUGAUAAUUUCGCCCUUCCAUUUAGUGAAGUUCUUAACUGGACUGCCUUUUCUGUGGUUGUUUCUGAGAAAGAUAUUCCUAGGCUAAAGGACAUUUUAUCAAGUAUACCUCUGAGACAUUACCAGGCCAUGCAAAAUAACGUCAAGAUGGUGCAGAAGCAUUUUCUUUGGAACUCAACACCGACUAGAUUUGAUCUAUUCCAUAUGAUUUUGCAUUCAAUUUGGUUUAGCAGGCUCAAUCAGCUUCAAGUAUCACAAAUAUUAUAAUUCCUCGAGUUCUAGUUUUUUCAAUUUGGUGGUCUAUUGGAUUUGGAUUUAUGACGUUUAGAGGCUAGAGCUUGUCAAUUCGGAUGUCGAUAUACAAAAACCUUUUCAAGAGCUGCAGCUGGUUCAGUUCUCUUAGUGGGCAUUUGGGGAGAUUCCAAAUAUUUUUCACUUUAUUUGGAAUCUAUGAGUUUGGAGUUAAAGAUGGAAUUGGUUUGGUUAUGCAUUUUGCAACGGAGAGAGGAGAACAUUUUAUUUGGAAUUUAUGAAGAUCGAGUUGAAAAACAGGCUUGGAGCUGGAGCACUCCAAAUUUGGAAUCCAACUCCGAAUCGAAUAUGAUGUUGUUGUUGUUUGUAGGGAAAAAGAAAUCGCGUUUGAACUUUUGCCCAAACAUCAUGGCUAGCAUUUCACAGAUUUCCGACAUACUGAACUACUACUUGAAAUGAUCUCAAGUUUGAUGUUUUUGAAACUACUGAAGUGUGCUGGUGUUGAAAUGGUCGGCGUAUCUCUAUGAUGUCAUGCAAGCAACAGAGUUACUUUGAGAAAGAAAGAAGGAUGAAGGGGAGAGCAUGGAGAAGAAACAAACGGAGGAAAAAAUAAAUAGAGGAAGAAUAAAGUGAAGUGAGAAGAAAGUUCAAGAUAACUGAACAUUUUCCACAUUCUACAACAGUCAUUUGUCGGGGAUGUCGUGCUUCAUAGAUAAGUUGUGACUGAGCCUGAUAGUUUCGAGUAGAUGAUUGUGAAUGAGUUAACUGAGCUUUGAAAGUUUAUACUGACGUACACACACACUUUCUGCGUUUGCCCAGAGGCGAAGAUGUAGAGCCAGAGAAAUGAGUAUGAUCUUUAUCUUCUUUCUUUGUUUAUGUACACAUAGUUCGAGUCAAAAACAGUGAGUUCAGUUGAGCUCAUAAAACUCGUAGUUCAGAUCAUAAAAUUAUCUGUUAAGAAUUCAUUUUUGUAUAUGCAUAUAAGCUCAAAAACAGUUAAUAUGCAUCUGGCAUCUGGGAUGAUGCGUAUAAGAUGAGAUGGCCUCUUUCUUUACUUCCUGAGUUGUACUGUUUUCAUAGAAGUGAUACAUACAAGAAUUUUCUUGUGUUA